AUGACUACUACUCUUAAUAUUCUUAAAGAAAUUUCAGCCACCUUGCAAGCAAAUGUAAUUGCUGACAUAAUUCCCAACAUCUNAACUUAUGCUGCAACUAAAGAUAACCUUUCAACUGCAGGACAAAAUGUAGCUCAGUCUGCACAACAAGCUAAAGACUAUACCUUGCAAAAGGCAGGAGAGGCUAAAGACACAGCUCUUCAGAAGGGUCAACAAGCUUGCUAUACAACUAAAGAUACCCUUUCAAGCGUAGGACAAAAUGCAGUUCAAUCAGCACAGCAGGCAAAAGAUUAUGCACUGCAAAAGGCAGGGGAGACUAAAGACACAGUCCGCGACAAGGGUCAGCAAGCUUAUUCUACAACUAGAGACACCCUUUCAAAUGCAGGAACAAAUGCAGCUCAAUCAGCACUACAUGCAAAAGAUUAUACACUGCAAAAUGCAGGAGAGGCUAAAGAUUAUGCUAAAGACACGGUUCUUGACAAAGGUCGGAAAGCUUACUCCACAACUAGAGACACCCUUUCAAGUGCUGGACAAAAUGCAGCUCAAUCAGCACAGCAGGCUAAAGAUUACACCCUAAAAAACGCAGAGGAGGCCAAAGACAAUGCAGCAGGACUGAGCAAGAAUGCAGCAAGCUAUAUUGGGAAGAGAGCUACAGAAGCAAAAGAUGUAACCUUAGAGACAGGCAAAGGAGCAGUAGGAUAUGCAGGGCAAGCAGCAAGUUAUGUUGGGCGGAAGGCUGUAGAUGCUAAAGAUGCCACCUUAGAAACAGGCAAAGGAGCAGUAGGAUAUGCAGGGAAAACAGCAAGUUAUGUUGGACAGAAAGCUGUUGAUGCUAAAGAUGUUACCUUAGAAACAGGGAAAGGAGCAGUAGGAUAUGCAGGGGAAGUAGCUGAAACUGUGAAGGAAAAAGCUGCAGUAGCUGGUUGGGGAGCAGCACAUUAUACAGCUGAGAAAGCAGCAGAGGCAACUAAAGCUGUGGUUGGUGUUGCUUCUAAUGUUGCAGGGUAUACCGGAGAGAAGGCGGUCGCCGCAAAGGAUGCAGUUGCAGGUACUGGAAUGAGUGCUGUGGAAUAUGUUGAGAACAAGUUGGCUAAUGCAAAGGAUUAUGUUGUUUCAACUGAAGAAAGUGCAGCAGAGUAUGCAGCUAGGAGGAAAGCUGAAGCUGAAAAGGAAUUGGAAGCCAAGAGAUCAUAUGAUUACAAGCAGGGAGAAAGUGGAGGUGGGCUUUAUAUCAGCGAGGAAAAACAAGAAACAAAAUGGGAGGAAUCAGGAGGAGAGCAGAAGCAUAAAGGAGGGUUAUUACAAGCCAUAGGGGAAACUAUAGUGGAGAUAGGGAAGACAGCAACAGAUCUUAUAGCUGGACGUGGCCAAUCUCAAACUGAUAGCAAGGGAGAUGAAAGUCAGUCUUCACAUAGAAACAGCUGAUUUUUGGCAUUUUGAGCAUCUAAUUUUGGUCAGAAUUUCAACUGUUUUUUUCUGUUGCUGUUUUUCAAGCGUCAGUAUAAGGGGUUUUAUAUUAUUAUUAGGAUUGUAACGAUUAGGCUCCUUUAUCUUUGAUAGUAAAGGUACCUAAAACUUGUUUUGCUAAUUGCUCAACUGUUUCUUUCAA